CAGGUGAAAGGUCGUGUACCUGUAACAAAUAAUUGUAGCAAUCGAGUGUUAACAUUACUGUUAUGCAAUAUUUGUUAAUAAAAUACAACGUGUAACAAAGUUAAAAAAAAAUAACAUACUUGUCCUAUGUGCACUUCAUAAUUAAACUUCAAGAAGUCGACACAGUUGUUCAUUUAUUUUUAUUAGAUUAAACUAGGAAUUUAUUUUAUCCUGUGUUGGGCGAGCGUUCGAAAUGAUUACUAUCAAUCGAUCAUUGCGCAACGUGUGUCGUAAGUCGAGAUGUAUCGUUGCUCACAGAAAGUACAGCGAACAAGCUCAAGACACUCCUUUUUCUCUCGAAUUAUCCGAGACCCAAAAGGAAUUUCGGGAUCUCGCUAGGAAAUUUGCCCGUGAAGAAAUCAUACCCGUGGCCGCUGAACACGAUAGGACGGGAGAAUAUCCAUGGGAAAUUAUAAAAAAAGCACACGCCGUCGGUCUUCUCAAUGGACAUGUCCCAGAACAUUGCGGUGGGUUGCAUAUGUCUGUCACCGACGGUUGUUUGGUAGCCGAAGAAUUGGCUUAUGGCUGUACAGGUGUGAUGACAGCUCUUGAAGCAAGCGGUUUAGGGCAAAUGCCCGUUAUACUCUCUGGAAACGAAGAACAACAAAAGAAAUAUUUGGGGCGGCUCAUCGACGAACCAUUAGUGGCUGCUUAUGGCGUGACCGAACCGGGUGCAGGUUCCGAUGUGAGCGGCAUCAAAACAAAAGCCGAAAAAAAAGGUGACGAAUAUAUUUUGAACGGCCAAAAGAUGUGGAUAACAAAUGGCGGUGUUGCCAAUUGGUAUUUCGUAUUGGCUCGUACCGAUCCCGACCCGAAAACCCCAGCCGGCAAAGCGUUCACAGGUUUCAUUGUUGACGGCGAUAGUCCAGGACUUACGCCGGGACGAAAGGAGUUAAAUAUGGGACAAAGGGCUUCCGACACUAGAGGAAUUACAUUUGAAGAUGUUCGAGUGCCCAAAGAAAACGUUUUAGUUGCCGAAGGACAAGGAUUUAAAAUUGCAAUGUCUACGUUCGAUAAAACGAGACCGCCAGUAGCCGCUGGAUCUGUAGGCUUAGCUCAGAGAGCCAUGGAUGAAGCGGCCAAGUAUUCUUUAGAACGUAAAGCCUUUGGAGUGCCGAUUGCAGCGCAUCAAGCUGUAGCUUUUAUGUUGGCCGAUAUGGCUAUUGGCAUCGAAGCCGCUCGGUUGACUUACUUGAAAGCCGCUUACGAGGUUGAUCAAGGCCGGCGAAACUCGUACUAUGCGUCCAUAUCGAAAGCAUUUGCGGCCGACGUGGCCAACAAGUGUGCUACGGACGCAGUACAAAUUUUCGGCGGCAACGGUUUCAACACUGAAUAUCCGGUCGAAAAACUGAUGAGGGAUGCGAAAAUUUACCAAAUCUACGAGGGAACCGCACAAAUACAGCGUUUAAUUAUCUCUCGUGAAAUAAUAGAAAAGGCGAAACAAAGAAUGUAAGGUUUUCAUGUGUUCCAAUAGGCAAAUGCAGUAUAUUAUUAAUAAUUGAGAAAGACUUAAAGAAGUAAAUAUAUUGGUAUACAAAACUAUGGUUUAUAAUUGUAAUUUUACACAAAUAUUAUUUUUAUUAUAUUUUAAGGCAGUCUUCGAUGGAUUGCAAUUUUAGUAAUUAUUAUAUAAAUAUAUAUUAAUAUUAAAACAAUGGUAACAAAUAAUAAAAUAAUAAUAUAUUUUUUUCUA